AUGCAGCCGUUACGCUCCAGCCAAAGGCUGGCCCAACGCAUGUUGUCAUGUUCCCAGGGAAGAAUAUCUGCCUAUCGGUCUCAAUAUCGGCAAUAUACUCAACUCUCCAACAGCCCACUGGAUAACCCUGCGGCCAAAGCCUCCGCCAUUGAGGGCGCUGCCUCCGAUACCCCUUCCGCACAGGAAACUAGUCCAUCUAACGGUGCUACUCACAAGGUCAUGACCAUUCGUCGCCCCUUGGGCGCUCGCAAAGCAUAUUAUAUGCUUACUGGCGGGGUGAGAAUUGGGACUAGGUUAUUUGAACCGGUACUACUCCGAGAUGCGUGCACCUGCUCCAUGUGUGUGGAUCCUUCUUCGACGCAGAAGAACUUCCAAACCACAGAUAUUCCACCCAAUAUCGAUAUAAAAUCUCAGAAAACUCUGAGUAACGGCGAUGUUCGGAUUAAGUGGAAGAAUGAUCUUCCCGGAUUUGGCGCAGACCAUGUCUCAGUCUUUUCGGGAGAAUUUCUGCAUCCAAGCUCUGACUAUACAUCGGUAGAUAUCCCUAAGCCUUUGCUUAAAGCCCGAGCCUGGAACGCCGAGAUGAUAAAAGAAGAUAUUCAUUUCCUCAAUUACGAGGACUAUAUGGCAUCUGAUGAAACUUUUAAUAGGGCUCUUUCAGAGUUGGUUAAGAAUGGUAUCUUGAUCGUCCAGGGAGUGCCUAACUCGGAGCAAUCCGUCGAGGACGUAGCUGGUCGAUUUGGAAAUAUACGCGAUACAUUUUACGGAAAGACAUGGGAUGUCAGGUCCGUCCCAGAUGCCACAAAUGUGGCCUACACAUCUCGAUAUCUAGGUCUGCAUAUGGAUCUUCUGUACAUGGCCAACCCUCCAGGAUUCCAACUGUUGCACUGUCUCAAGAACUCGGCCCAAGGGGGCUCAUCACUCUUCGCGGAUGCACUCUUCGCCGCCCGCGGCCUUAGCCCGGAAGAUAUCCACACGCUAUCUCAAGCGACUAUAGCCUACCAAUAUAAAAAUGCCGGAGAGCACUACUACUACCAACAUCCCGUAAUUGAAUCGGCCAAGAGAUCGACUUUCGGACUACCAUCCAUCCUCAACAUAAACUAUUCGCCCCCGUUCCAAGCGCCAUAUCUGAAACAUUCCGCUCAAGCUGUCUCACUGCUCAAGAGGAAUUCGGCACUUCGGAACUUUGCCGAGCGGGUAGAGAAUCCGGCCAAUGUUUUUGAGUAUAAAAUGCAAGAGGGUGACUGUGUAAUUUUCAAUAAUCGGAGACUGUUGCAUGGGAGGACGGCGUUUUCUGCUGUGGGUGGGGAGCGGUGGUUGAAAGGCACCUAUGUUGAUUCAGAUGUUGUGGAAAGUCGCGUUCGAGUUUUUCGGGAGCGAUUUGGGACUGAAAAGUUGCAGCGCGAUGAGCGCGACAAGAGCGAAGAGGUGUCUUCGACUGCAUAA